GAUGUUCCAACUAGCUGGCUCCUUCCCCAUUGUAUUGCUGCUCCUUUUAAGUAAUCCUAUAUUACUGAAAGACUCUCCACGUUGGCUAGUUACUCGGGGACGACUUAAAGAAGCCGAAGCAUCGCUGCUCCGAGUCGCGAAGUGGAACAAAACGACGUACAACUUGCCGGACAAUUUGAUGGGCGUCUUGGAAGGCAUUAAUAUGAAAGAUUGUGAGGAGGAACCAUCUUCUACGUUCUUGUCCCGCAUCAAGUCUCUGGUGUCGUCGCCGUACCUGCGCAGAGUGACCGGCAUUCUGUUGCCUGUGGGGCUGAUGCAGGGUUGCCUGUACAUCAGCAUACCACUCAGCGCUGACCAAUUCCCCUCACCCUAUGUGGGUAUGGCCGUGUUGGGUCUUGCGGAAAUCCCUGCCUAUACGGUCGCGGCUCCCAUCACUGCGAGGCUAGGCAGAAAAAAGUUCCUCAUAGGAGGACUUCUUCUCGCAUGUGCUCUGCAAAUCACCGUCGUGGUUCUCAAUGUCACAGGAUACCAAAAUUAUUGGUCGCAGAUUUUACUCGUCUCGCUUGGGUACACGAUGAUCAGCAGCGUUUAUCAGGUGAAUAUGUUGUUCUGUGGCGAACUGUUCCCCACUUCUCUUCGAUCUCUGGGCACCAGCUUGGCUAUUUUCACCUGCAGCGUUGGGGAAAUCAUACCCCCGUUGCUGAAAAUUAUACUGCCUGCAGGCCUAUCAUGGCUGCCCUUGACCAUCUACGCAAUUUUCGCCGGUCUGGCAGCCUUCCUGAUAUUGCUGCUGCCAGAGACCAACAACAAGCCUCUGCUGCAGACGCUUGGGAGCACGCAAGUUCACAGCUCGGAAAAAGAUAACUUUGUUACCAAAGCUCGGUAUGACAGUGUUCAAAAUAAACUUGGCGGAAUCCCUCUUAGUUCGACUGGGCAAGAAACAAUGACUGCGGAAGGCAGGCAGGAUUGAAAAUAUUAAUCAAAAUAUUAUAAACCAUUCCAAAUGACAGCACAUAUACACUCAUUGAACCAAAAUAAAAAUUGUCAUAGACUCCCACCGAAACUCUGAAACGAAGAAAAUAAGGUUACAAUUUAUGAAGAUAGAAAAAAUGCAUUGCAGUCGUGAGCAUAAGCCAAUAUGAGUACAGGCGUUCCCAAGAUCCUCGAUCAUAGCGACCCUCGAACAGGAAUGGCAUCAUAUUGGUGGAGUGAAUCAUCCCUGUGUAAAUUGUAUUCGUGUUGACCGUAUUUGUUGCACUUAGUUUCCCACCAACUCUUGUGGCUGAAAACUUAACCAGUCGAAAAAUGCCUGCAUGACAAAAUGCUGCUUGCCAUACUUCAGAGCUGAUCUGGAAUAAAUCUACAUUUUUCUCAAACAGCAUUUCACAAAAAGCCACGUAUUUGCCAACAAUAUUCUCAUCUUGCUCCAAGCAAUUUAUGUAGGAAAGAUGAGAAACCAAUCGAAACUUUAAAAUGUAGCUAACUCGUUUGUGCAGUAAGCAGUUAGAAAUGUAAUUGAACUGUACUAAUUAGGAGUGGUGAAAAAUGAUAAGCAAAGUUAACAAACUGGAGGGCAAUGAAGAGUUCUAAAACUGCUGCAUUAAUAGUUGAAACGAUCCAGCAAAACAAACGAAAAUCACUUACAUUGUAAUAAGAGAAGAAUAUCUGAUCGAAAAAAAUCCACGGAGUCGGUGCUGGAUUUUUGCUCACGAGUCGGUGC